AUGCCGACGAGCUGGCUCCCCUUCCCCCUCACCGGCUGGCUUGAGCUCCACGCCUGGGCCUGCAUCAGCAACUUCAGACCAAGGCCUACUCCUGCAGCAGCAGCAGCAGCAGCAGCAGCAGAGGCAGCAGAAGCAGCAGCAGAAGGAGACAGUGAAGCAGCAGCAACUGCCGCUGCUGCUGCUGCUGCCAGCGACGAAGAGAUUGCAUUUCAAGCCAGCAGCAGCAAUUUGCUGUUGUGGCUGAUUGAAGCACUCAAACUGCGCAGCAGCAGCUACGGAGCGAACUGGCUGCUGCUGCUGCCUGGCUCGUGCAGCAGGUGCUGCUGCAGCGGCAGCUGUAGCAGAAGCAGCAGCAGCAGCAGCAGCAACUGUGGCAGCAGCAGCAGCACCGCAGACAGCAGCAGCUGCAUUUCCUCUCCAGACGACGCUUCGGGGGACACAAAAGAAGAUGAGCAGCAGCAGACAGUAUCUUCCCAGCAGCAGCAGCAGCGGCAGCAGCUGGAUCAGCAGCAGCAAGCCGCAGCAGCAGCUGCCGAAUGCUGCGUGCCAGUACUCCUCUCUACGCUGCUGCCAGCAGCAGCAGAGACGGACCUGAAGGGAGGAAGCCAGCUGCCUCAGUUGCUGCUGCAGCUGCUAGUCUGCUCGCCUCAUCCUGCUUCUGUUUUCUUGUCUCCAGCUGUGCAUGCAGUUGGUGUGCUGCUGCUGCUGCUGCAGAGCUACCCCAGCAGCAGCAGCAGCAAAGUGCAGCAGCUCCUACGAGCCAUUGUCGGGGACGCGCUGCUGCAGCAGGCCGUUGCUGCUCUGCGGCCUAUUGCUGCUGCUAUCGCUGUUGCUGCUGCUCCCUGCAGCAGCAGCUGCAGCAGGCGCGAAGCAACAGCAGCAACAACAGCAGCAACAACAGCAGCAGCAGCAGCAGCAACAACAACAACCAUGCUGCACAGCAGCCAGCACAGACAUGGGCCCGCUCCAGGCGGCCUAGGCGUUGGGAUGUGGAAGCCCCGACGCAGCAAUGAGGCGUGGCAGCAACAAGCCUAUCAGCAGCAGCUGCAGCAGCAAUACGCAGCGUUGGGAUUCGACUGCUCCCAGCUGUACAGCUGCUACAACGGGGCGAUGCAGCAGCAGCAGCAGCAGCAGCAGCAGCAGAUGCUGAUGAUGUCUGCAGCAUAUGGGCAGCAGCACUGCAUAGACAGCACAAGCAGCCUGGGGGGCUGGAGCAGCAACAGUGCUGCAGCAUCAACAGCAGCAUCCGCGGCCUCAUGCCUCUCUGGCAGCGCCUUAUGA